UAUUUAUAGAUUGAAUGAUUGAAGAAACGAAAUGAAUUACAUCAAAUUUAUUCUGACAGCAACAUUAGUAACUUUAGUGAGUUGUGAGUUAGAGUGCUACACAUGUCAAACCAACGAAAAUCCCUUGAAAGAACGCUUCAUCUCAGCGGAAUGCGAUCUUAAGAAGAAAUGUGGAAGUCAGAAGUACUGUGUCGCAAUGACUUACAAAUACAACGGAUUAAGUUAUCAGAAAAGAGGCUGUAUGGAAUCAGACCAAGACUACCAGUGUAACAUGUUGUGGUCCAACUGUCAGAGAGAGUUUUGUCUGAAGGAUCUUUGCAACUCGUCUAAUAAAACCUACCUACCUUCCUUAACAUUCCUUAUUAUAUUUCAAGCGAUCUUUACAUGAAAUGGUAACCUGGUAACCUGAUAGCCUGGUAACCUGGUAACCUGGUAACCCUGUAAUUUUAUAUUCGCGUGAGAUGACGAGAUUUUCCAGUUUUCAAUUCAAAUAAUGAGUGACCAAUAUGAAACGGUGAUGGUUACUGUGGUAAUACUAUGAUAAUACCAUGGUAACGGUAUGGUUACUGUGGUAAU